GUAGAUGAAAAUAUACAUAAUUGAUUAAUGUGAGAACGGUACAUUGUACUACUUAUUGCUCAAAGCUAUUUUGGUACAAGUGUGUGUAUUGAUUUUCAUCAUCACAGAUCUUUGAAUUAAGUGGUCUGUAUUUGUGUAGUCUGCAGCUAGAAGGGAGUGUUUCUCUACCAAAAGUUAACCUGUCUAUUCAGGGAGAUGAUUCUUAGCCUGUAGUAUCUCAUAGGUUGCCAGAUCUUCCUGAGCCUCAUGAUUAUAUGUCUCAAGGACAUUCCUUUAUAGUUCCAUCAUCACUUGGUAUUUGGAUUAUGUUUCAUCCGUUACAAAACUGUACAUGUACAUGUAAUUAUUCACAAAUAACAUGUUGCUCAGAUGUCGUUUUUCAUUAAAAAAAAUCUUAAACUUAAUUCUUAAGUAUUUUGUACCUAUUCAUGCAUACAGUUUGUAUCAUUACAGAAUUUACCUACAUUAUUCAAUGAGUAGCUAUAUGUUAUUGCUUCUUAUUCCUCUAGACUGCUUUGUUUCUCCUGGGGCACCUGUGUUGAUUGAUUUAUCACUGUUUAUAAGAUUCUCUUGUUAUUCUCUGAGCCCUCUUAUAUUGUCUUGUCCAGCUGCUGUAUUUAAUGGAAAAGAUUCUGGUUGGGUGAUCAUUGAUUUUUCGUCCAAAUAAUUGAAUGUGUGUGUGUGUUUUGUCUUAUAUUCAGACUAGAAUAAUUGUCAAAACACAGCACUUCUCAUUUUGACUGUAUAAAAAAACUGCUUGCAAUUCAUCAGCUGGGAGACAUGUUUUCCCUCGGACUGAUGUUGCUACUUUUAUCAUAAGUUUUAGCUGGAAAAUAAUUUCCCAAGAGCUAUGUUUAUAAUUGUAUGACCAUAAACAAAUAGGGAGAGAGUUUAACUUAGCAGGUAAUGUUUGUUAUCCUUCAGAUCUUAAAACGUAAACUGUGUAGAAACUCUCAGUUUAAACAUUGAUAUGACUCAAAUGGCUACACCUUUGAAUAAUCUCAUUAAGAUAAAAAUGUAACUUUAGGAAAUGGCCCCUAUCCUUGUCAGAGAUAGAAAAGAAUCAAGUGGAGCUGAAGGUGGUUGCAUGAUUCUGCAUACAUUACGUAUAUAGACAUUUUGUAUCUUUCGUUGAGUUACUGUUCUGCCGAAAUCUUGUGCAUGCUCAUUAUGGACAGUUGGGAUUUUCAGUGAUUUUGUACAUCUGUUGGGAGUUAAGAACCUUACACCAGUGUGGGGCCCAUCAUAUGUGGCACUUGUUUGUGUGACUCGGGUUUCCUGUGUUUGAUGAAGUUUCAUAUUAUAUUUUGGUUGAGAUAUCACAAGCCCUAUCUUCAUUCCUGCUGGCUCCAUGAAUUUCAGAGUUUAGUACAAUCAUCAUUCCUUUGUGAAAUGAUGAACCAGGACCACUAACACAUUUCUCAGUGAAGAUUUUCGAAACUUUCCAUUUAGGUGUUUUUUUUGGGAACUUAAUUUCAUCAUGAAUGGACAGUCAGAAUCCAUGCCUUCUAAUCAUGUAGAACUUUAUGUGAAGGCUGGAAAAGAUGGAGAAAGCUAUGGAGCCAAUGUCUUCUGUCAAAGGUUUUACAUGAUUCUGGAUAUCAAAGCUAAGCAUGGAACCCUGACUUAUGAUGUCAUCACCAUCAACAUGGCCAGACCACCUCCAGAUUUCAAACGAUUAGCAAAUCGACUUCCAGUCCUCAAACAUAAUGAUGAAAUUUUGGUGGAUAAUGAUGAAAUCUUGCAGUACAUUGAUGAGCAUUUCCCAUUUCCAUCUUUGAAGUAUGAUAACAUGACUGCACACAGCGUCUGUUUAGACGUCUUUGCAAAGUUUUCCUACUACAUCAAGCAGGUUAGCCAUGGACCAGAGGCUCUCUUGAAAGAGUUGCAGGCAGUAAAUGACUACUUAGAAACCAAUACUAACAAAUUCAUGUGCAGAGAUGAGCUGUGUCAUCUUGAUUGUUUAAUGUUACCAAAAUUUCAACACAUUCGGGUAGCUGCAAAAGCAUUUAAAGAUUUCGAAAUUCCAGAUGAUAUGGUCGGGCUUUGGAAAUAUUUGAAAAUGGCCUAUGAAAACGACACUUUCCGAAAAACCUGUCCGUCAGACCAGGAAAUAGUUCAUGAAUGGGAGUCCAAAGCUGGAAUUCCCCCCUUGUCCGAAUCAAAGAAGAAAAUUUACACAAUGGAUGGAUAUGUUGAACCCCAGUUUUCAAUGAAUGUUCCAGAUGUAGUGUCAACAAAUGGAGAGUGAUGAUGUACUAUUUACGUUUUGCAGUUUCUUUAUUGUACAUAAAUGAUAUAACUGCUCUCUGAAUGUAUUGUGCAUUUAUGUAAGCAAACUAAAUAUAUGCAAGCAUGCAUUACUCUGAAUAUAUUGUUUUAAGUUUGCAGAACCUUGUAUAUGUGUUGCCUGUUAGGGAGCUGCAAGGCAUGCCUGCACUGUCUACAAAUCAAGACAAACUUGAGAGAGACACAAACCAAACUCAAUUGAAAUCAUCUUAAUCACAGCACAGAAAUGCACCAUGAUUAAUACCGAUUGGAUUGAAGGAAGAUGCAAAUGGAUUGUUUGACUGGGAUGGUUGGAAUUCUGCUUGACAUUAGUGAGCUCGAUUAGAUAACAUCUGCCCUCUGGGGCAUAUUUUGACAUUUUCCACUUGUUGCCAACCACUAUCAUCAGGGGAGGUGAUUACCCCCUGAUCUAAAUUCAUUACCUAUUACAGGAUUUAAUAGAAUUAGUUUUAAUCAGAGAAGUGCCUCUGUUGGGUACAGAGUGAUUAUGAAGCAGUGCAUUCAAUGACUUCUCCACACAUACCAGUGUUUGCAUUUAACAGUGUAGAUGGUGACAGUGCAUCAUCGAUCCUAUUCUUGUCCUUGUUUUUUUAUUUUCUUUCUUGCAUUAUAAGAAGAAAUUUACUCCAGCACGCUUUUAGAGAUAAUGGUUUUGUAGUGUCGUGCUUUAUUGGGUACAAUUGACAAAAAACCCUAAUACAAUAAUAUAAUAAGCAAAUCCCUUUGUUUUUUUAUGAAUCAAAAAAAAAUUCAGAUUUAUUUAAUCUGGUGUUCUUUGACUUUGAUUGCAAUAUUUUUCAAGGAAUGUAGUUGUUUUGUGUUUACAAUGUAGCAAUAUUGUUUUUGGGUCAAUUUCAACUCAUUAUGCUGCUGUCUUGCCAUAUUUUAUCUGAUUUUCAGUUAUUUUUACAAUAUAUACAUUAUUAUGAAUCAAUAUUUUACAAUUAUGUUUGCUUUUUUAUGUGGUUGUGUUGCUUUUAGUGUUUUUAGGUACAAAUUUAUUUUAGUUUUAAAGUAUAUAAUUAUAUAUGUACUGUCUUUUGGAGGCUAUAAGUUUUCUGUUUUGUAAAACCAUAUAAUGGGCAUUAACAUUUCUCUCAAACCAUAUCUUUGAUUGUAUUACUAGUAUGCAUAUGUAUUUAUAAAUAUAAUAAUGUAUCUUUUAUAUUUAGGAUGUUAAUGACUACAAUACAAAAUUAUUUCAAAAAAUUUUCACUAUGCUGUUAGAAGGGAAUGAAAAUUAUCAGCAAACAAAAAUUGUCACAGACAAACUUAUAGUCUUUUGCAUGCCAAUGUUACCACUAAUUUUAUUAGAUUAGCUAGUCAUCAUAUUUUACUCUACUAGUCUUUUAUUUUCAUCCAGUAACUACUUGUACACUUUUAACUAUUAUUUUGAUUGUUGUGUUGGUUAAUAGUUCUCUGUAUGAUUUACAACUACUGCAGCAAAACUCUUGUUUGUAAAUAUAUAAUUGUCAGCCAUAUCGAAGACAAUGUAGCUUUUAUACAAAUAUCAUAACGCAUGAGUAUCCCAUGUGUUUAAAGUCUAAGAAAAAAAAUUAAGUCUUCUGUAUUAAAAGUUGGAUUAGAACUUUUUAUGUUUCUACAGUGUGUCAUGAAUACCUAAUAAAUCAUUCAAGAAGUUGUAGACUGGUCGCCUAUUUUACCUGAAUUCAUAGUUACCAAGAUAAAGUUGUUGUGGAUUGUAAAUUAAUAGACAUGCGACAACUGGCCGACAAGUGGAAAUUUCAGUCAUUUGUUUGCCCAGCGAACAAUGAUUUUUUUUUUCAAAAUGAUUAUAAAUGCAAGGCACUUCUGUUACCAUAAGCUUUGCUGUGCAGUUCAGUUCUUUUGAUUGGUUUAUAAAAAUUGUAUUUGUGAAUGUUUAAAAAUAAAGUGCUAUAAUUUCU